CAUGAAUUAACACUUGAUCAGCACCCCAUCGAGUCGAUUUCGUCAGUGGCCACACCAAACUCUGCGCAAAACUUCCCUGAGCGCCGCAGUGAUCGACAGUACUUGCUAGUUUGAACUGACGUCGAGGACCUUUUCUUAUUUGAAAACCAUGGCGGUUGGAUUAUUGUCGCUUCCUAUAGAGCUGAUAUGUCACAUUCUACUCAUCCUUACCCCUGGGGACCUUUGUCAUUGUAUAACUACCUGCAAAAUCGUCUGGGAUGCAGCCCAAAAUUCGGUUCACAUUCAAUAUAAGCUUGAGCUUUAUGCCCAAGGCUUCAACGAGACUGGUGCCACCACCCCAGACUCGAUCGGCGUUUCGACAAAGAUGUGUUCACUCAAGAGAUUGGGAUCAUCGUGGCGGUCUGAUUUUCAUACCAAUACCGUUUUCGAAGAUAGAGUGGUUUGUUCAGACGAACUACAACUCCAAGGGAUACAGUCCGCGAAAUGUGGGAUUUGGUGGAUGGCACGAUGGGAACGGGAAUGGGAACAGGCAAAUCUCCGGGUCUUGAUUCGGGAAUGCAAGGCAAAUACCACACACUCCAAUAUUACGUUGCGCGGCUUGGUCUCGCAGCACCAUCACUGGCGGCCGAGGUCAAUUGUCAUUGACCCACUGCAGAAUCUUGUAGUCGCAAUUUCAUCGGCUGCUCGCAUCGAUAUGCCCAAUACCGAGCUAGCUCUCCAUGCCUUUACUGUGGAUGUGUGGUUGGCUUCGUCCCAGCUUCCGCAUCCGGACUCUGCGCGCACUUCCUUCGAGUGCAUGCAUACUUGUGAUGCAUAUUCUUCUUACAGUGUUUAUUUUGUGGGUAUGCCCGCGGUCUGCGGGGAUCAUGUAGUUAUCCUCUAUUAUGUGGUCAAUCUAGAUUUCCGAGUCGAUGGUACAGACGCAGCGUCCAACAUGUUUAUACAAGUCAUAGCUUGGAGGAAAGGACAUAUCAAGAGAUAUCCUUUAUGUGAACGAGGCGGGCAAGGAGUAACUUUCCAUCUAGUUGAUGAACGAACUGUCGUUGUCGUCUCGGAAGGGCGGAUGACCGUGUACACAUUACAAGGACCUGGUGACUCAAUCCAGCGCCGAAUCGCGUAUCUCCUUCCGAAUCUGAAACCUGGUUUUGGUCCAUCCCGGCGCGCCUCACCAUACUAUGUUGCUUAUGCCACCCCAUCAUUCCACAGUGCAGUAGCUCACCCAGGCCUUAUGCCCAGCUACGUGCCCUCUCCGGAGUCACAAAUCAUGGUUUUAGAAAUUCUCCCUCGCUCAUGGCCUGUGAUCAUGGUCAUCGAUAUGGCCGUCUUCUCAGAAAAGGCCGCACGAUCAGAGAAUCCUGUCGAGGUUCCGUGGGCAGACUGGGGGCCCAAGUACACAUGGUGUUUUCCGCAUCACCCAAGCCACCGAAUCAGUGUGUUCGGUAGCAAAAUGGCAUAUGCUCUUCCUCGAGAUCGUACUCCUGAACCUGGUCAAAGAGUGGAAGCACUCUCCUCCGAUCACUUCUACGUACACAUAUGGGACUUCAAUAAACGUUUCAUUGCUCGUUCGCAAAAUACCCACGACCCUGACUCACCAGACGUCGUGAUUUGCAAGCCUGGUCGGUUUCCUCAGUCGUGCUUUGAUGAAGACUUGACCUCGAACCAUCCUUACACUGCUUCCGUCUGCCCCGAGCCCUUUUCGAUGCAUCGCUUUGACAGGUUUUUCUUGGAGCAAGAUCGGCUCACUUUAAUAUGGUUAUCUGCUAUCGUGGUUGAUAUUCGGGUCAUUUCCCCUGUUCCAAUGGAGGUUCUCUUGGACCCAGAAAUGCAUUAAAUGGAGAAAAGGUGCUGUAAUACAGCAGAAACGUUUCAAAGCUCUCCGAGGACAAACUGACGUUGCCAUUUCGGAAAGUCACGCGAAUGCUUACCUUGACAUGGGCUCAACCUGACUCAUUCAUAUUCAGCCUGUAGAGAUGAAGAUUGGCUCGGACCUCGAUAGAGGACUGCGCAAAUUGCAUGUGAUGUAGUAUGAAGUAUUGCAUUGCGAUUGAGAGGUUAGGCUUCCCUUUAUGAUCUCGGUGUAGGCAUUCUGGCGAAGCAUUACUUUGAAAACUCCAUGCCGCUCCCGUUAGCAAUGCCCCUAUGUCAAAUAUAAUAAGCUUCAUUCAUGUUGCAAUGGAAAGAUACUUGAGAU